AUGCGAAGUUGCAGGUGUCUGCAAGGGCCAACAUGCAGCUUCGAGGCCAUCACCGUGGUGCUUUUGUCAUUCGUAGUGUCCUCACGGCAGAACCUGGCCUACUAUAGGAGCAGCGACAACAACAGCGGUACUUCUUCGUCGUGGUACCAGAACUAUCAGAGCUAUCAGAACUAUUACCGUCACCAGUAUAGCACGCAGUCGAAUUCGUCAUCGUACGUGGCCGUUUCCUCAUCGGAUAUGCACAGCGGUCAGGCCGCGCCGGCAUGCGACACGAACUUGCAAGGCGAUCUGACACAAAGGCUCAAAUCGAAGGGUCUGUUCGACCUGCGGUACAUGGCCACGUCAUUGCAACAAGCGCUGCAGACGUUCCCUGAUUUUACGGAUUCGCGUUUCUUGCAGCCCUCAGAGGCGUACUACUGUGAUGAUCAGUGUCAACGACGUACAGAGGAAAUCCGCGCCGCUUUUAAAGCCAAGAACAACUUUGGACGACGCUCGUACACCUUCGCCAAGAUACCAAUCGAGGUGAAGCCGUUUCAGCCAAAGUUCGAAGCUACCUCUCCUGUUAACGUACCGCAGUACUCUUCAGGGAACUACAAUCCGUACAAUAACGGAUAUGCAUCAAGCACUUAUGGAACUCCUGAGCAGCAUUGGUCAAAGCUGUCUGCCAAUGACAACACAGCCAAUCAGAAUAUUCCGCGAUACGGUCAAAAUGGUCAGCUAGGCAGUUUUGCGUUUAAUACACCAAACGUGAAUGCUGAUUAUCCCACCCACUUAUUCACACAGAAAUGGAGGAUCUUUCGCAGUAAGCGGUCACGCUACAACGAAGAAGCAGGAACGGACUACAUAAUUUCCUGCAAGAAAGCCGGUACUGAAGAGAAGCCAGGAUACCACAGCAUAUGCGGUUCAUGUCGAGUUAUUCGGAAACUGUCCUCACAAUAUUUUCCUCGUUAUCUAAACGAAGUGAUCUGCGGCGAGAGUCUAUGCAUAUCCGGUGGCGGAAAAUGCGCUCAGCAAUACAUUCCUGUGACUAUUCUACGAAACAAGAGAACUCCGCAGUGCCCUCAAUGGGUGCCGGUGUCGAUGAUCGUGUCUUGCUGCUGCAAUUGCUUAUUAUCUGGGUCAAUGUCUGACUUUCUGGACGUCUUUCCUUCCAAAUAA